GCAACGGUAGCGCGUCUGACUCCAGAUCAGAAGGUUGGUUGCGUGUUCAAAUCACGUCGGGGUCAGUCAUAUAUUUAUUACAUUUCUGCAUGAUAAGGCAUGUGCAUACAUGACUAAUCAAAUAUCGGCACUCCCAGUUCACUUGGAGGAGGAGUCGGGUUAACGGUUGCUACGGAGACGCGUCUCUUUGCCUCCCAUGCUACCGGAAAAACACGGAAGCACCGGCUGAGCAUCUUCUCAAAUCGAGGCUUCAGAUGUUUUGCAUUAGUGUCUUUGAAGGAUUCUGAAUGGUUUUGCACACCCUAUUGUACUAACAAGGCGUAGGAUACAAUUAAAUAACUACUUAUAGCAGACUCAUUUGACGAUGCUAGAAGUCGGUUCACACAUGGAGGGGAACAGCAACCCCCCCCUGAGAAACACGGAGGCGAGGGAGCGGAAGAAGACCAGGAGGAGGCGGAGAAGAAAGACAGCAAGUGUUCCUACGAAGAGCGGGCAUUCAAUCAGCCACCUUGAGGAGGAUAAAGACAAUCCUGGGAGCAUAUUGCCCCCCAGCACCCUGUCCGUCUCCCUGCCCCCCCUCCCCGGACCCGGGCCGCCCCAGGCCCUUAAGGGGAGAGAUAAGGAGGGGGCUCCCCAUUGGAGCAACAACCCGCCCCCGCUAGCUUCCCCCACAACAAGGGGCGUUCCUGAGCUGAGUGCCCAGGCCAGGGGGAGCCUGAGGUGGGAAGGGGAGCUGGACGACCCCCUCGCGGAGGGGGAGAGGUUGGAGCUCUACAAGGCCCGGCGGAGGCAGCGCUACCUGGCUCUGAGGCCGGUCUGAGGAGACCAGCCCCCCCCCCCCCCCCCCCCGGACCUCAUCAAUGCUAAUAGGUUACAUUUUUUGAUUAAAUGCAGUAAACACAAUAUCCUUCAGAGACUGUCUGUCCAACCCCCAUGGCUGCGGGAGGAAAAAUAAUUGCUGAUGGCAUAUGAUCUGUCCAGAGAAUCCAUAUUAACUCUCCCUCUAGACUCUGUAGAUGUGUACUGCUACAGGGUCCACUGGCCUACUUCCACAGAAGAGAACGUCAUUAAGUCAUUACGAGCCUGUACCGUAUUGAUGGUGCUUUACAGUUAUGCAGCACCAGGGUGGAGUAGGGCCCCCUUCGCAGAGAGGGGUCCCAGGACUGACCAAGGGUGCAGUAGGGCCCCCUUCACAGAGAGGGGUCCCGGGACAUACCAAGAGUGGAGAAGGACCCCCUUCACAGAGAGGUCCCAGGACAUGCCAAGGGUGGAGUAGGACCCCCUUCACAGAGAGGGGUCCCAGGACAGACCACGGGUAGAGUAGGACCCCC